GAUUUUUUAUAAAAUUUUUUAUAACUAGCUAUAAAAUAAUCAUAAUGAAUUCAAUCUUUGUCUCACUAUUGCUGACCGGUUUGGUAGUCGCUAUUGACUGUAAGCGAGAGGCUAAGUUUGCCCCGUACAUCUAUGUCCCCGAUUCAAAUGCGUUCAAACUGACCCAGAUGAAACAGCAGUUGGGUGUGAGUGCCUUUUCACUGGCAUUCGCACUGGGAGGUUCUGGUGGGUGCACUCCCAUGUGGGACGGGGACAUACCUAUAGAUAAUGCCAAUAUUGUCAAAGAGAUUAAGGCGUUCAAAGCGGCCGGCGGUUCGCUACUUGUGUCGACCGGAGGCGCCUCCGGGAACUACUUGGAGAACGCCUGCCGUUCCGUCAAUGACCUCAAGAAUGCCUAUAAGAAAGUACUUUCAGUUACCGGAGCGUCGGGUCUGGACAUUGACAUCGAGGCCGUCAUUCCCACCGAUACUGUGAUGCAAGCCUUGGCUGAGUUGCAGAAAGAGAUCCCAUCCCUCACCGUUAGCUUCACUCUUGAGGUGCAAGGUGACGACUACGGCCUGACCGACGCCCUGGGAGUGGACGUCCUAAAGAAUGCGGUGAAACACGGCGUGAACGUGGAUAUCGUGAACCCAAUGGCAAUGGACUUCGGCGCCAGUGGUGGCCGUUCGUGGGGCGACGCCGUCAUACAUACCGGUGACUCAGUAGUGAAGCAAAUGAAGAAAAUAUGGCCACAAAAGUCCGAUUCGGAGCUCUACGGUAUGCUUGGGGUGACCCCCAUGUUGGGCGUCAACGACAAUGGGGUGGUGUUCACUCUGGCACACGCACAACAACUGGUCAACUGGGCCAACCAGAAACAGAUCGGUCACCUCGGUUUCUGGGAUAUUAACCGCGAUAAACAGUGUUCAGAUAAUAGCCAGGUCGGUGCCAGUCCCACGUGCUCAGAGGCUAAGUUUUCGCCGUACAUAUACGUGCCGCGUACGGGUGAAUUCAAACUGACCCAGAUGAAACAGCAGGUGGGUGUGAGUGCCUUUUCACUGGCAUUUGCAUUAGGAGGCGCCUGUAACCCGAUGUGGGACGAGAACCUACCCAUCGAUGCGCCCAAUAUUGUCAAAGAGUUACAGGCGUUCAGAGCGGCCGGGGGUUCACUGAUUGUGUCGACGGGCGGUGCGAGCGGUGCUUAUCUGGAAAAUAGCUGCAAAUCAGUCAACGAUUUAGUGAAUGCCUAUAAGAAGGUACUUCAGGUUACCGGUGCCUCCGGUCUGGACAUUGAUAUCGAAACAAACAUUCCUAUGGAUAAUGUGAUGAAAGCCUUGGCUCAGGUCCAGAAAGACAACCCGUCGGUCACCGUUAGCUUUACGCUUGAGGUCCAGGAUGACAGCUACGGCUUAAUUGACGAGUUGGGUGUGAAUGUCCUCAAAUCUGCGGUCAGUCACGGCGUUAACGUCGAUAUUGUAAACCCGAUGGCAAUGGACUUCCCGGCCAGUGGUGGGCGUCCGUGGGGUGAAGCCGUCAUACGUACGGGUGAUUCAGUGGUCAAACAAAUGAAGAAAAUAUGGUCACAAAAGUCGGAACAGGAUUUAUACGGGAUGUUAGGGAUCACGGCUAUGAUCGGAGUCAAUGACAAUAACGUAGUGUUCAGUUUAGAUCACGCAAAGCAAUUGGUCGACUGGGCCAACCAGAAACAGAUCGGUCACCUUGCUUUCUGGGAUAUUAACCGCGAUAAACAGUGUAGCGAUAAUUAUAAGCCAGGUGCAUCGCCCUCCUGUUCAGGGGUUCAACAGCAACCUUACGCUUACACUAAGGUUUUUAUGGGUUUUAAAUAAAUGUUUUAUUAAUUUUUGUGCAAAUGUUUUUGCUUUUGAAAUAAAAUAUUUUUGAAAAAGG